AUGAACUCACCCUCUCGCUCUCGGCAGGACAAACAUAGCAGCGGUUAUAAAAAGGCCGACAUUGUUUGGACUGUAACUGGACUCCUGCAGGACGAGCGGCUCGGGACCGACAACUGUUCUCUGAGCCUUUGUUGUGCUGACGGAGUCCGGACCGACAACGACAUGUGGAAGGUCAAACCUCCAGUUGUGUUUCCUAUGGAGACGAGGUACCGGACGAUUUUAGAGAGUUUGGUUCCCCCCGACCCCAUGGCCCAGUUCCACCUGAGGAGGGGUUCCCCCGAGGACGAGUUUCCCGACCUCUGCAGGAACUCCACCUGGAUGGGCCGGAUCCUCACGCUGGCCAUGUACCGCCGGCAGUUCCACCGCUGCACCCACAGUGGAGUCAUCUUCGACGACGUCAUCCGCCCGGGCCUGGAGGAACCAGGUGUUUGGUCCGGUCCUGUAUCUGUGGGAUGUGUCGCGGGCGACGCCCAGUCCUACGUCCUGUUCUGUGACUUCUUCGACCGAGUCAUCGAGGCGUAUCACCAGCACAAGGUCACCAGCCAGACGCCAGAGAGCGACUUCAACUACGACAACCUGAAGGGCGGCGAUGACCUGGACACGUCGUACGCUGUGCACUGCCAGGCGAGCGUUGUUCGAGGUGUCGAAGACUUCUGCUUCCCGACACACUGUAGUCGAGGAGAGCGCAGACAACUCCUCACACUGGCCAGAAAAGCUCUGCAGCGACUCGAGGACGAGGACGAGGACGAGGAGCUGCCGGGUCGACUCCUCUCACUGGAGGAGCUGGACCAGGACCAGCAGAGGGAUCUGAACCUGAGUUCUCCGUCUUCCUCUCAGCUCCGUCUCGGCGUGGCGCGCGACUGGCCCGACGCCAGGGCCGUCUGGGUGAGUAAAGAUGGCGGUCUUGUGGUCCUGGUCAACAUGGACGACCACCUGAGGCUGGUGGCAACAAGAGACGACGGCAACAUCGCCGAGGUCUUUAAACGCGUCUGCAUCAACCUGCAGAAGCUGGGGGCGCACUACGGACAGCUCAAACACCCGUUCAUCUGGAAGCAGCAGCUGGGAUGGGUGACGAGCUCUCCGGCCGACGUGGGGACGGGUCUGAGGGUCAGCGUCCACCUCAAACUGCGACACCUUCCCAGACACAAACGCCUCCAGGACGUCCUGAAGAGACUGAGGCUCCGCAUGGACACAACAGAAUCUUCUGUUCUAUAUGUCGUGAGCAACGCGGCGACCUUCGGCCCGAGCGAGGUGGAGCUGACGCAGCUGGUGGUGGACGGGGUCAAGCUGCUCGUCGCCAUGGAGAAGAGGCUGGAGGUGGACGGGGACAUCGACGAGCUUGUACCUACGCAGAAGUAGAUCUCGAUGAUGAUUGGCUGGAGUGAGGAGAAAUGGAAGACCAGUAAGAUUUAAGAGUGUUGCUCAGAAAUACUGAAACCUGCUGGUGAAUUAUGAAAAGUAAUAUAAAGAAGCUGGUGGUGAGAGAUGAAUCUGAACCAUGACACUUGUUGACAUGUGACGUGUGUUGUUGUUUUACAUAUCCCUGUUGCUGAAAUAAAGAUUUCAAACAAAUCUAA